CUUGAGUGGUGGCUGUGGAGGCGCGUGUCGCCGAACUAGCAGUUUCUUUGGAGAAGAUCAAACUCUAAAAUGGCAGGCAAAGGAAGUAAUACUGAUUGCAUGUCAUGCAGUGUACUGAGCUGGGAGCAGGUCAGCCGUCUGCAUGAGGUUCUGACAGAGGUGGUUCCAAUCCAUGGACGGGGCAACUUCCCAACACUGAAAAUAACCCUGAAGGACAUUGUUCAGACCGUUCGCAACAGGCUGGAUGAGGCAGGCAUCCAAGUACACGAUGUCCGGCUGAAUGGCUCUGCAGCUGGUCAUGUCUUGGUCAAGGAUAAUGGACUGGGUUGCAAAGAUCUGGACCUAAUUUUUCAAGUGUCCCUGCCAACUGAGGCUGAGUUUCAGCUCGUCCGAGAUGUGGUGUUGCGGUCCCUCUUAAACUUCUUGCCAGAGGGGGUGAGCAAACUAAAAAUCAGCGCAAUGACUUUGAAGGAAGCCUACAUCCAGAAGCUAGUGAAAGUGUGCACAGAGACGGACCGAUGGAGCUUAAUAUCCCUCUCCAACAAACAUGGCAGGAAUGUAGAGCUGAAGUUUGUAGAUCGCAUACGACGACAGUUUGAGUUCAGUGUGGACUCUUUCCAAAUAAUCAUAGAUGCCUUGCUUUUUUACUAUGACUGCUCAGAAAAUCCUAUGUCAGAGCACUUCCAUCCAACUGUAAUUGGAGAGAGUAUGUAUGGAGACUUUGAGGCAGCCUUUGAUCACCUCCGAAACAGACUGAUAGCUACCAAGAAUCCUGAGGAGAUCCGAGGUGGUGGGCUCCUGAAGUACAGCAACCUCUUAGUGCGGGAUUUCCGGCCCAUGGACAAGGAGGAGAUUAAAACUCUAGAGCGCUACAUGUGCUCCAGAUUCUUCAUAGACUUCCCUGACAUCCUGGAUCAGCAGCGCAAACUAGAGACUUACCUCCAGAACCACUUCUCCAAAGAUGAGAGAAGCAAAUACGAUUAUCUCAUGAUCCUGCGCAGGGUGGUAAAUGAGAGCACAGUGUGCCUCAUGGGACAUGAGCGGAGACAGACUCUCAACCUGAUCUCGCUGCUAGCACUCAGAGUGUUGGCGGAACAAAACAUCAUACCUAAUGCCACUAAUGUUACCUGUUAUUAUCAGCCAGCACCCUAUGUCAGUGAUGGGAACUUCAGCAACUACUAUAUUGCAAACUCUCCCAUCCCCUAUAGCCAGUCUUAUCCCACCUGGCUGCCUUGUAACUAAUUUCCAACUUGAGUGUUUCUUAAAUGGAAUCUUGUGUGGUGGGAACCAUUAAUCAGCCAGAGGUUUUCUAAAGGGAAUCUGUGGCUUACCUCUGGCUCUGCUGUUUUCCUGGUGUGUGGUGUAAUCACACCACUAGGCUCCUGGUUUAAAAAAAAAAAAAAGCCUUUUGGGACCCUCUGUACAAAAGCCACAAGAAGCCUUAUUGCCAUUAUUUUGUUGGGGGAAGGGAUCAUAUGGCCUUAUGUUUGUAAUUACUGUAGUUAAAAAUGUUUGAAGACAUGGCUGUUGCACAUUUGAUUUAGGUACUGUAAUACAGCUGCUUAUUCACUGAGAGGAAACUGUGCAAGAAUAACUUGUACAGAACCAAAGACAUUCUGUCCUAGAGCAGCAACAAGAUCAUUCUGUGUGUUCCUUAUUGCCUCCCCUGCUCACUUUACACUCCCUCAAUCUCAAGUCCUGGUCAGUUUUUCCAUUGGACUGCUCUUGCAUAGGGGGAACAGCUUAACAGCUCAUGCUGUGCAUGAGCAUCUUGUACUUUCUGGCUUUACAGAAUGGGUCACUGUAGGGACACUACCCUCUUUCAUGGAGGGGCUCCAGAAUUUAUUGGUUCCUGCAGUAGCUGUGUAUUGAUUUUCUAGAAGAGUUGAUAAUUGAUUUAUUGAGGAGUUUGACAGUGGGGCUGGUUGAAAUCCUCUUUUGGGUGCCAAGUUUCAGAAGACUUUCUUAGAUGACAAAUUCCCCAGAAUGUGAACUCGUAUGUACUAAAGACUGAAGUCCUUAAUGCAAUUAAAGCUUCAAAAACAAUUACAAGUAUUGAAACAAUGUUUGGGUAGAAAAGUUAAUGUCUGAAGCCUGCCCUUCUAAAGGAACUGGAAGCUUUUUUUGACUGGGCAACCCUUCCCAGGAUUGUCUUUCACAGUGUUCAAUAGGAAUAGCUCACCUCCUGUACUAAAGUUCAGCUUAACAUCCCCCUUUCUCUGCCUCUUUUCCAUCAUGUACAGUACUAAGAAGGCAUGCUUGUUUCUCCUAAACUGUAGGAUGAGAUGUGCCUAUCUGGCUCACUCCAAACACCCAACCUUUUCUCAAAUAUAUUUUGAUAUUUACCAAGUGCCUCUUACAAAUGCAUAUAUUCCUGUAUACCUUUGGACAGGACCUAACCCUUCCCCUUACAGAAAGUAUUCUAAUAACUUCCUGGCUCAAAUUGAAGAUGCUCCUUUCAGAGUUCAACAAUCGCCCUUUCCACAGGUUCAUAGCAUCACAUAAGUUGUAUGGAGACCUAUUGAAAUUCUCCUCAGUGUCUUCACUACCACUUGAGAAGAGAUGUUAACUUCACAUGAUUGCUAAAUGGUGUAGCACAAACAUAACUCCCCACAAGAACUGAAUAAGGCAGAAAUCAGGCCAUGCUGUGUUAUGAGUAAUCUCUGAAGUGGAGACCCCUUUUCUAUGAAGGGGAGGAUUGCUCUUCAAAGGAGUAUGUGUCUUUCAAUCUAGUUAAAUGGUGGAUGCUUAGCUUGCUUGUCUUGAACCUUCUGUAGCGGUUAGGAAGGGUAUGUCUACACUGCAGUUAAACACCCAUGGAGGGGCUGAAGCUGUGGGGCUGUAAAAUUGCAGUGUAGAUGUUUGGGCUCCAGCUGGAGCCAAGCCUCAGGAACCAUCCUCCCACCUCUGAGUCCCAGAGCUCAUGCUCCAGCCGGAGCCCAAACAUCUAUACUGCAAUUUUACAGCCCUGCAGCCUGAGCCAGCUGACACAGUGGGUGUCUAAUUGUAGUGUAGACCUAACCAAAGGAUAAAAAUCCUAAAUCUUCCAGAGUUUUCCAUAGCAGGGUCAGGAAGCUUAUUAGCACAUUAACCCAUAUGAUUAUUUAGAUAUCCAGUAGAGAAACAUGGAUUAAGUACAGUCCAGCAGAGGAUGUGGAGGUCUUAGGUUUUCUUUCCCAGAAGUGGAAAGAGGGUAAAAUGAUAACAUACACAUGGUAACCUUCAAAUAGACUUUGCCAAUACUUAAGCAUGGCUUUGCAUAACUUUUCUUACUAUCUUUGGUAAGUUGAAGUUACAUCGGUCUUCUCCUGUUUUGAACCUGUGGUGGUAUUGCAAUUCCAGAUAUUGAAGUAACUUAACUGUCAAGUAUUAAGCACAGGAUUCAAACUUCUCUAAUAAAGUAGAAAGCAAGAUGAGGAUCCAAAUCUUCAGUACUAAAGGUGAAGGGCAAAAUCAGUGGUUGUGCAACACAGGGGUUGUCACAACCAUAGAAGGCUGUUUCUUGCUAGAAUAAAAUUCCUCUAAUGCCCCUUUCUUAAAAGGAUGAAAUUCCCUCCUCCAAUAAAAAGCUAUCAGUAUGUCUGACUCUUAGAUGGUAGACUCAUAAGGACCACUUCAGCAGGAUAUAUGUAAAAUGAGACUAUUAGGUUUAGUUAUUCAGUUAGCAUAAGGAGACCUUGGCUAGGUAGGAGUCUAAAGUAGAGAAGAAUAAACUUGAGGCUAACCUGAAGCAUUAUUUUAAAAAUAUCAAACAGCCUUCUAAGCAGCUGACUUUCAAAAAUGAUGAGCACCUAGCAACUUCAUUGACUGAACUGGGGGGCUUCUAGGUUCUCAGCACUACUUAUGCUGCCAAGUAUAAAUCAAGACACCUACUCCAAAAAAAAAAAAAUCUUGACUUGUGCUUCUGUGUGUGGCAUUUCCUUACCAUGUUCAGGAAGAAAGAUUGAACCCCAGUUUGAAAACUGACUCCUCUUUUUUUCUAAAGUUCAUGUGGUUACCAAAUCUACUGACUACCUUAUUGUAUGAAGCCAAAAACUUCAUAUCCAGGCAAGUAAGCUUACCAAAAUUGGUGCACAGGAGCAAGUCAAACACAGGUAGUAUUGGGUUCUCCAAUGCCACUAACAAGGACCACUAGUAAGGGAGGAGGAGAACUUUCUUAAGAGGAUCACAAGAGUAACACUAUAUCUCAAAUUUUCCCUUUUAAUGGAUAGUUUGUUCAAGACCUGAACUUACCCUUUAUAAUAACUUUAGUACUAGCCCUUUGCCUGAAAGGGGCAUGUUUCUUUCCUUCUCAAAAGAUGGGUAUGAGUCAAAUCUGUUUCUCUUGUAGAAUCUAAUAGCUAGAUCUUUAACAAAACCAAAAACCCACACAUCUUUGCUCGUAUUUUGGUGCCUGAAGGAAGUAGCCAGAUUCUUGUGUACAACUCUCCUCUUCUGAGAGCUGCUGAUUGCUGAGAUCUCUCAAAAAAUCUAGCCCUAAAGUCUUACUAAUAGUAAUAAAUCCUACUACUGCAGAUCUGCCUAGGAGGGUAGAUGCAGCAAUACCAAAAGCAGAAAGGGAGGGGGGGGGGGGAUCAAGGCCAGGAAUCUGGCUAGUAGGAAGUUACCCAGCAAGGGUAACCUCUGGUAGAAAGAUGGAAGACAGCCAGAGGAAAAGGCUGUUAUGGAUUCCUGUUGAGCCAGGGGUAGCUAAGCUCUAGUUUCAUUAAACUUUUCUUGUUCAAAGUGCUCUGGUACAACUUGAGAAUUUUUCAUCGCUUCCCGGCUCUUUGAGCUCUGGUCAAGUGAAAAAUUCUCUAAGUUGUAUCAGAUUCCUGAGUUGCAGAGAAGCCACAUGCUAGAUGGCUACCCUGGCUCAGUAUCUUCCCAAUGGCCAGCUUCCUGGCUUUAAUUUUUUUAUGUUGAAAUACACUCCCCCACCCCCAGUCUGCUUUCCUAAAGUUAAGGUCUUAAAGCCAUAUCUAGCUCUGUUCCAGACCCACAACUGGCACUGGCAAAAGAGUAUUGCUAGAAUGUACCUUAUUUCCUCUGUGUGCUGCCUCCACAGCAAUCCUGGCCUAAUGAUGUGACAGAGCUGGAGUAAUAAACAGCCUUGCAUAAGGUGCUACCACUAGCCUAGCUUUUCUCUAUUUUAAAAUAUUCUUGGCAACCUAUUCACUGGCUUAUUUAAUGUUAAGUCCUUUUUUUAGCACGGGGUAACAUGAGACUGAGCACGAGUCUAAGAAAGAGUUUAAGUAGCAGCCCUAACCUAAAUUUAGGCUGCUCACUUAAUUCAAGUUUCACUUAAUUCAGUCUCCCUUAGUGGUAUUAAUGAUGCCUUUGUAACUAGGCUUUGUGCUUCCAUUGCAUGCUUCUGGUUCAAGUACAGGUUGACUAUGGGGUAAGAGGCUGAACUGCAAUAGUUAAUACCUCCUGACCGGACACUGGAAGCAAAACUUCAUUUGAAUAGAACUCAAAUAUUGUAUUGGCACGAUCACCUCUCUCUUGCAGGAGUAGCUUCACAGAAGUCUUCAAAAACACCAGCAAUGUAACUUAGUCUAAACAACACUUGAGCCACAGGAUAAUCUGUUUAUCAGUUUUGCUGGGCUAGCCUGAUUUGAGACUAAGGGUGUGUCUACACAGCAGUCAGGUGUGACUGCAGCAUGUGUGGACAUACACAUGCUGCAGUCACCCCAAUAGCAGUGUAGCCAUAACUAUAGGCAGUACUAUGUGCCCUCUUGAAAUCUAAUCUCUGCUCCUAAGGCUUGGUCUGUACUACCAACUAAUGUCUGUUACUAUGUUGCUCAGGGGUGUGGAAAAUCCACACCCCUGAGCAACAUAGUUAUACUGACCUAACCCCUGGUGUUGACAAUGCUGUAGCAAUCGGAGGGCUUCUCCCAUCAGCAUAACUACUCCACCUUGGGUGGAGUACCUAUGCUGAUGGGACGUGCUCUCCCAUUGGCGUAGGUAGUGCCUAGUGAAGUGUAGACAAGACUUUCUGUUCUCUCUUCUUUCUCCCCCCACCCCAAUUUUUUUUUUUUUUUUUAAGAGGAAGUGGAGCUAGUGUUCUAAUGAAUUGUUAAUGCACAUUAGGCAAAUGCACCCAAACAUUUAGACCACAGCAGGUUUCUUCAGGGUAAAUUAACAUUCCAGCUUUCCAUGAACCAACUCUGUGUAGACAAGUAUUGGUGAAAUUGCAAGUUGGUACCAAAGUGAAGGCCAGUUUCUACUUGGAAUAAAGCUGGUUGCUUUGCUUUUAAAAACUGGUACUCUGAAUGACCACCUCUGUGAUUGAUAGCUACUCUGAACUGGUGUGAGGACAGCAGCAUUUUACCUUUAUUGCAAAUUAAGGGAAGAGCAAAUGUUACCGUAUUUGUCCUCUACUUAUCCAGUUAUCAGUUAGACUGGUGGCUAAAGAAUACUUUUUAAGGAAGCAGGUGGUGACCCUACCUCUAAAUGCCCUAUUCACGUCUGAUUUUUUUUAUACUUGCAUUCAAAUACUAGCUGCUUUAAUUUUAGCCUAAAUUUUUACCCCUUAGAACAGAAACUUUAUAAUGAAAAUAACUCCAAUUUUCAUACCAGAGUGACCUGCUGUUGGAGACAAGCACUUGGUAUUUACAUAUUGCCUAUAUUUCAGGGGUUUCUAUUGCUGACUAAUGAUGUGGUAACUCUGGACUUCCUGUCCAUUGAGAGGUUUGAAAAGGGACUUAGAAGAGAAACAGUCUUAUCUUUGAGUUUCCUUUUAAUUUAAGCCUUCAGCCCAUCCACCAACUUGAAAUAUUCCCUCUCCUUUACUGAGGGUCAUGCCACACUGCAUUGGAUCAGGGUGUAGGAUUUUUGUGUGGCAGGAAAUGAGAGUAACGGGAAACCAGUUCCUGUCACAGCUGGCUCAGUCCAGGCCAAGUCUGGGCAUUCUGAGAAACAUUCUCAGCCUUGGUAAUAUCUGAUGGGAAGACUGUGUUUCCAAGUGCUGAAGUCUUGCUUACCUAUUGCUCUUCACAGUAGUUAAAAUGUAUUUGUCUGUAGCUGGUUUUGAUUGUAUUAAAGGGCUUUUGAAAGGAAAACUGGGCUGUGUUCAUGGACACUAGAAAAAUUAAAGGUCAGAACUUCAUUCUUUUUUUGUUCUUCAUUUGUAAAUGGAAGGUGAAACAGCCACUCGAAGCAUUUAGAAUAGUUCAGUUUUCUUUUUCCUUAACUGACUAAAGUGAUGUGAUAUUCUUGCUUUAGGUUUGGGAGGAACUUGUUCUGUACUUGUCGUUAAGAAGUGGCUUUUUUGUUUUAAUAGCAAACUGUUUAAAAGCCAGUUCCAGAAACCUGCCCAGGGUACUUGAGAGAAACUGAUUUUAUUUUUAUUUUUUUUAUUUGAGAUGGCGUGGGAGAGUUGGCACAGCUUGGCAUAGCCUCUAGAAGAUUUUCAAACUUAUAAUGCGCCCCCAGUGCUUAGGGCCUAUCUCAGAGUGGUUGGUCACUCUUAACUUGCUCACUCCCAUGCACCAUGAUCUCAAAUAGAUUUCUUUUUGUCAUGUUUAAAAUAAAGUUGGAUGUUGGACCUUAACUAUGACUUUGAGUUUCUUGGACAAAUAAAAACUUACGUUAAGGAC